GACCUGUCAGUGUCUUCAUUGACGUAGUAGACUGGUGCAGCCGAGGGAGUUGGAGGUUAUCCGCGGAGUGUUGUAGACACACCUUUAGGGUUAAAGUUUACAAUGGGAAAGAUUGUUAAGAAAAGAAAGAAAUUAACGUAAUUAAUUAGCAAAUUUUUUAAGUUAUCGUGUAUCAUAGAGUAUAAAGGAAGUUGACUUUUUAUUGUGUAUAGCUCGAAUCGUGUAUAGGCAACUAGAGAUAACGAACUUCGUACCUCCUUCUUUUAAGAAAGUUACUUGCAAUAUAGUGUAUAAUAUAUAAAUUAUAAUAUAUCGUGAAUCGAUCGCUAUCCCGUACGAUUGCUGAUUUUCAUGAAGAAUUUUCCAAGUUAACCUCUAUAAGAAAAGCUCGAGAAGAGAUAAUUUCCAUUAUUUACGACGUGACGUGGAGUUGCAUAUUGUCAUUCAAUGAGUCGAAACGACGGAUUGUUGACAAAUGAGUCAUUGCAUCUUGGUGAAAAUCGCGCAGCUUAUCCUCAGGACAAUGUAGGACCUAGGCAUUUAAACAGUGCUGGGUCUGUGCCAAGCAGUGGCGGACCCACGUUAAACAGCACUGGCCACGCAGUGAACAGUGGUGGAUCUCCAUUCAAUAGUGGCAGACCUCCGUUGAGCAAUGCUGGACCCGUACCUCCCUCACACAGCAGCGGACUUGGACCAAACAAUGCUGCAACGCUAUUGAGCAGUGGUAGGCCACAAUUAGGUACAGGUGGUUCUUCUAUAAAUAGUACUAGUCCACACAUAAGUGGGGGACCUCCAAUAAGCAACACUGGAUCCCCAUUGAACAUCGGAGGACCUCAAAUGAGUAGUGCUGGCUCGCCGAUUCUAACUAGUGGUCCCCAGAUUGGUAGUGCAGGGCCCCUGCAAAACAGUGGAAGGUCUCCAGUUCCACCAUUAACCAGUUACAGGCCACCUAUGACUGCUGGUGGACCCUCAGUAGGCAGCAGUGGAGCUCCAUUGACUACAAGUGGACCUCCAGCGAACAGUGCUGUUCCCCCAAUAAACAUUGGGGUACCUCCAAUAAAUAGUGGUGGGCCUCCUAUAAGUAACACUGGGCCACCUAUAUCUAAUGCUGGGCAACCAUUGAACAGUGGCAGGCCUCUUAUGAACAGUGGUCUACCUCCAGUGAGUAAUGCUGGGCCUCCAUCAAACAGCACUAGACCACUUUUGAACACUGGUGGACCUCCAAUAUCUAACGCUGGACCGCUGCCAAACAGCACUAGACCACUUUUAAAUGCUGGUGUUCCUCCGAUAAGUAAUGCUGGAACUAUGUCAAAUAAUACCAGGCCGCCCUUGAAUAUCAGUGGACCGCCAAUAAGCACUGCUGGACAACCGUUUAACAGCAGUAGACCUCCUAUAAACAGUGGUAUGCCUCCAACAAGUAAUGCUGGGCUACCGUUGAACAGUGGACGGCCUCCUUUGAACAGUGGUAUUUCUCCAACAAUUAAUGCAGGACCUCUUAUAAACAGUGGUAUGCCUCCAACAAGUAACACUGGACUACCAUUGAACAGUGGACGGCCUCCUAUGAACAGUGGUAUACCUCCAACAAGUAAUGCAGGACCUCUUUUGAACAGUGGACGGCCUCCAUUGAAUAGUGGUAUGCCUCCAAUGAAUAGUGGUAUACCCCCAAUGAGUAAUGCUGGGCCUCUGUUAAAUAGUGGUAGACCUCCAUUGACCAGCACUGGUCCUCCAUUAAGCAAUAGUGGACCUCAGCUGACUGGUGGUUCACCUUUAAGCAGUGGUCCGCCUUUAAAUAAAUUAGAUCCAAUGCAACCACUAUCUCAACAAUUUCAAAAUGUUAACCUUUCUGGUACAGCACCUCCCAUGGGAGUUCAACCUGGUUCUAUGCCACUCACAAAUCCGCAAGCCUGCUCUACAACAAAUCGUCCAUUAGAUAUGAGGCAUCCAAAUUAUACAAAUGCAGUUCCGUACAAUAACCAGAUGAAUCAAAAUUUUAAUAUUACAAAGGCUGGCUUCAACAAAAUAUGGGGCAUGGAUUCGGUUGACCUGUUACAGUGUAGAAACAUCCUGCCACCAGAAAAAGUUGCACCACCAAGGAUAAAAUUGCAUCAAGAUCUGUUAGAUCGUGUUAAUUGCAGUCCAGAAAUUUUCCGAUGUACAUUAACAAAAAUACCAGAUUCGAAUGCACUACUGCAGAAAGCACGCUUACCAUUGGGCAUUCUCAUACAUCCUUUUAAAGAUUUAAAUCAUCUACCUGUUAUACAAUGUAGCACAAUUGUUCGUUGUAGAUCAUGCAGGACUUACAUAAAUCCUUUUGUCUACUUUGUUGACUCUAAAAGAUGGAAAUGUAACUUAUGUUACAAAGUUAAUGAACUUCCUGAAGAAUUUCAAUUCGAUCCAGCAACAAAAUCUUACGGAGAUCCAUCUCGAAGACCAGAAAUAAGGACAAGCACUAUCGAGUUUAUUGCACCUAGUGAGUAUAUGCUGCGACCUCCCCAACCAGCAGUAUAUCUGUUCAUAUUCGAUGUAUCAAGACUAGCAGUUGAGAGUGGUUAUUUGGCCCUUGUGUGCAAUAUUGUUGCGGAGGAAAUGUCUAGACUACCAGGAGAUGGAAGAACACAAGUUGGGUUUUUAGCAGUCAAUUCAGCAAUUCACUUUUUCAGUAUGCAAGAAAACGUAUCCCGGCCACACCAAAUGACAAUGCUGGAUGUAGAUGACGUCUUCUUGCCAUGUCCUGAAAAUUUAAUAGUUAAUUUGAAGGAACGGGAGGAGCUUAUCAAGGAUUUGUUAAGUCAGCUGCCAUAUAUGUUUAAAGAUAGUUACGACACUAAUUGUGCUUUAGGAGCUGCACUUCAAGCUGCAUUUAAGCUUAUGUCUCCAACUGGUGGAAGGGUAACUGUAUUCCAGUUGUGUUUACCAAAUAUAGGUCCAGGUGCACUUCAAUCUCGAGAAGAUCCAAACACUAGGGCAGGAAAAGAUGUUCCAUACUUGAAUCCUGCUACGGACUUCUACAAACGUUUAGCUCUAGACUGCAGUGGUCAACAGAUAGCGGUUGACCUAUUUCUACUAAAUUGUCAGUAUAGUGAUUUAGCCACGUUAUCUGGUAUCUGUAAAUUUUCAGGAGGAUGUAUCUACUACUUGCCUCUAUUCCAAGCCUCGAAAUUGCAACACGUAGAGGCUUUAGAAAAAAUGUUGCGACGUUAUCUUACGAGAAAAAUCGGAUUUGAAGCAGUCAUGAGAAUACGAUGUACUCGUGGACUCAGCAUCCAUACUUUCCAUGGUAACUUUUUCGUUCGAUCGACUGAUCUGCUGAGUUUACCAAACAUCAACCCGGAUGCUGGAUUUGGAAUGCAAGUAACCAUUGAAGAAAAUUUAUCAGAUAUGCAAAAUAUCUGUUUUCAAGCUGCCUUGUUGUACACAUCUAGUAAAGGAGAGAGGAGAAUCAGAGUUCACACGUUAUGCCUUCCUAUCAGCACAAACUUGUCGGACAUAAUAUAUUCAGCAGACCAGCAGUGCAUAAUAGGACUGCUAUCAAAAAUGGCAGUCGACAGAUCAUCGCAAUCAUCGUUAUCAGACGCCAGGGAAGCUCUUAUAAACGCGGCCGUCGAUGCUCUAUCCGCGUUCAAACUUUUGCAAUCGUAUCCAGCCAGUGGACUGCAAGCUCCGCAGAAUCUGAAGCUAUUGCCCAUGUACAUAAUUGCUCUGCUAAAGUGUAAGGCACUCAGAUUUGGAUUAAGUACACGACUGGACGAUCGCGUCUACGCCAUGUGCCAGUUGAAGACUUUGCCAUUGGUACAGCUAAUUCAGAUGAUUUAUCCCGAUAUGUACGCAGUACAUGACCUCGUAAUGAAACCAAUCAAUGAAAUUGAUGGUCAGCUGAAUCCACAGCCUGAAAGGCUGCAUCUUUCAGCUGAAAAAUUAGACUCAAGGGGAGCAUUUCUAUUGGACCAUGGAGAUCAGAUGCUUCUCUAUGUUGGGAAAAAUAUUCACGCAUCAUUUUGUUAUAACGUGCUUGGAGUUUCGAGCUUUGCAGCUAUUCCAGAAGAAAUGUACGGACUGCCAGAAUUAGCGACUGCAGAAUCAGAAAGACUUAGGACUUUUGUUGCUACCCUUCAGGACGAGAAGCCGUAUUAUGCAACUUUCCAAGUCAUCAGGGAUGAUAGCCACUUUAGGACCCAAUUUACGGAGCGUUUGAUCGAAGACAGAUUUGAAAAUGCAUUGAGUUACUACGAAUUCAUUCAGCAUAUGAAAACUCAAAUAAAAUAAGGGAGUAUUUGUAAUCAUAUUUUUCAUGUAUGGGUGAUUCGCAAGAAGUGAAUUUGUUAUAUUAUCAAUGAAAAAAAAUAAUAAUAAACUGUAAAAAACAUCAAUGUUCUUUUGUUAAUUUUUCUUUGUAUACUAAUUUGUAAGGAAGUUGUAAAAGUCAUGAAUUAUGCUUAAUUUUAAUUUAAAUAAAACGAAAAGGUUUAAAUAUAAUGAUAGUAUAUACGUGUUGUAUACAAGUUUAAUAAAAAUAAAUAAUGUUUUUGAAAAUAA